UAUUUCUAAACAUGAAGCAACGGUCACACUGAUACACACACAGGUGACACAGCUUUUUGCAGGGGAAAAUAUACAUAAAAGUUGAGUGCGAGUCCCAAGCGUUUACCUGGUCACAGCCCCAACACAACAGUAGACACCAUGUCCGGCUCCGGUCUCGACGAGAAUCCCUUUGGGGAGCCCAAUCUGGACAAUCCGUUUGCGGACCCCGCCAUCCAGCAGGCAAGACGUUUGCAAAGCGGCGCCCUCGUCUCCCUCGAGGAUUACAACCCAUUUGAGGAGCAAGCAAAGCCGCAGCUGCAGAUCAACUCAACGAACACGGCGGCGGUGGUGCAGCCGCUAUCGCAGAAUGUACCGCCCCCGCAGACCAGUUCGCUGGGCGCCUCGGCGCCGAGCACCAGCAUACAGAUCACCUCGGAGGAGCUGCAGCGCCGCCAAGAGGAGCUGGACCGCAAGGCAGCCGAGCUGGACCGUCGCGAGCAGCAGCUGCAGGGCAAUGUGUCGCAGCUGAACAACUGGCCCCCGCUGCCGGAUAACUUCUGUGUGAAGCCGUGCUUUUACCAGGACUUUGAGGUGGAGAUACCGCCCGAGUUCCAGAAAUUGGUCAAGCGAUUGUACUACAUUUGGAUCUUUUACACCAUGACGUUGUUGGCCAACGUGAUCGGCGGUCUCAUUUUGCUUUUCCAUGCCGGCCAAUUUGAGACCUUCUUCCUGGCCAUUUUCUACACGCUGCUCUUCUCGCCCGCCUCCUAUGUCUGCUGGUUCCGACCGGCGUACAAGGCCUUCCGCAACGAUUCGAGCUUCAACUUCAUGGUCUUCUUCUUCAUUUACUUCUUUCAAACCCUCUACUCAAUCGUCCAGGCAGUGGGCUUCGAAAAGAUGGGCUACUGCGGCUUCAUCACCUCCAUUGCCCAGUUCGAUGGCCAGGCAUCGGGCAUUAUAGUUGGCAUAUUGCUGCUAAACAUCUCCUUUGCCUUUGCGGCGGUGGCCGUGGCCAAUGUGCUGAUGAUCACCAAGAUCCAUACGAUCUAUCGCAGUACUGGGGCCAGCAUGGCCAAGGCACAGGCUGAGUUUACCACAGAGUUUCUAAGGAAUCAGCAUGUCCAGGAGGCGGCAUCCUCGGCGGUUAAUACGGCCAUUAAUUCGCAGUUUAACAACAGCAGCAGAUACUAAAGGAGACGUGACUGUGCAAAUUAAGUGGGAAAUUAAAUCAAUCAAUCAAUCAUGAUGAGAACUCAAGCGAGAAAGAGAGAGAGAGAAAGAGCGAAAAAGAGAGAUGGAGAGAAUCCCCUUUGAUUCGGUGAAUUAGAAAGCAAAUAAAAACAAAAAAAGAAACACGAGCGCAUUGAACUAAUAACUAUUUGCUUUUGUGCAUCAACAAUUCCUAGAAUGCCGUCGUCUUUAUUACAAUUAUAAUUAACUGUAAUGAUAACACAUACACACACACGCAAUGCAUUAACAAUAUUUAUAUAUACAAAAAAACAAAAACAAAAAACAAAGCGAAAAUGAACUUGAAACUUGGGCUAAAAGUGAAAAAAAAGAAGAAAAGAUUAGAAGCAAAAGAGACAGCAUAAGCAAAGGCAAAGAGUAUUAAUUCGUUUGCAAAAAAUAACACCGGAAACGGAUAUGAAAGUGGAAGCGGAAACAGAAACGGAGACCAGGCUGCAAGCUGCUGCUUCGGAUAAUGAUGAUGUUUUCUAGUUAUUUAAGUCAUUGAAACGAUAAUAGGCAUACCUCCCAACUUCCCCACACAAACACACUCACACAAACACCACAUGCAUACACAAAUACAUAUAUAUAUAUAUAUAUAUAAACGAUCUUAUAUAUAUAUAUAUAAAGAUAAACAAAAUAAUAUAUAUAUUUAAAGCUUGCAUUAUACAAAAAACUAUCUCUUGGAAAGCAUCAAAUUCUGAAAUUCAUUUUUCAUUCAAGCUUCCCCCCCUUUUACAUCCUCUGUUCAUCAUGUCGUCGUGUAUUUUUGUAAUCGUAAUUGUUAUAUAAUUAUCUAUGUAUAUGAGAAGACAGCAUAUAUAAAAAAUAUAUAUAUAUAUAUAUUAUUGACACAUUUAAUUUUUAGAUAAAACCGUUCCCGAUUCUGUUUUCUUCGCUUGCAAAAUCAAAGUUAUGUUUAUAAAUAUAUAUAUAUAUAUAUUAUGACCUACUUAAAACUUAUAUUAAAUUUAUGCGAUGAGAGGAACGAACUAUCGAUGUGUAUUUGGAAUUCAAGCAAAAUGAAAAUUUAUGAUAAAUUAAAAAAUAAAUAUACAAAAUACUUAUAGAUGUAAACACACAA